GAUGUAUUCUACAGCAAUAUGCUGGAUGGAAUCAGUGGGAUAAGUGGGAUUGAGUCCUUUGACUGCUCACAAUUCCCUGGUGUAAAUAUUUUCCACGUUCUCUCUUCUUUGGCUGCCUAUCUUUUAUUUACUUUGAUGGAGCUCCUUGGAAAUUGAGUUGUUAAUGCUGUGCUAAUGCAGAAGAUUGCAGGAGAAAUCAAGUCAUUCUCAUCUAGGCGAGCAGACAAGUUUCUGAUCUAGGCGCUGGGGAUCAGUGAAGGUGAUGAAAUGGCAGAGUUGGAUAAGAGUAGAUGUGGAGUGAUCAUUGGCUCUGCAUUUGGAGGCAUGAAGGCAACAAGAUUUUGGCUUUCAAGGGUUUCCACAUAGCAUGCACUUUGGAACUUGGCUAGUUCAAUGAGUUAAUGGUCUCGUCAAUACCGAGUUUCAGUAUCCAAAUCGGUUGCAUAUGGACAAAUUUGAUGACCAAAUUGAUAUUUAACCUGGUUAGCAGCAAUGAUGGGGUUGAAGCAUUGAUGGUUUCACAUAAGAAGAUGAAUCCUAAUUUCUGUGUCCCAUUCUCGACCACAAACAUUGCUUCUGCCAAGCUAGCUAUGGACUUGGGAUGGAUAGAGACCAAUUACUCAAUCUCUUCAGCAUGUGCAACUGGCAACUUCUGCAUCCUCAGCUCUGCAAAUCACAUCAUCAGAAGAGAAACUGAUUUGAUGCUCUGUGGUGGUUCUGCCGGUGUCAUCAUUCCAAUCAGUACUGAUGGUGAUGGCUUUGUGUUCAGAGAAGGAGCUGGUGUGCUGCUGUCAGAAGAGCUGCAGCAUGCUAAGGCAAGAGGAGCCAAAAUCUAUGCAGAGUUUCAUGGAAGGAGCUUCAGUUUUGAUGCUCAUCACUUGACUCUGCCCCACCCAGAUGAAACUGGAACUGCAAUCUGCAUAGAGAGGGCAUUGGCUCAGUCUGGCAUGGACAAGGAUGUGCUGGUUGGGACGAGAAAGGAGAGGCUGGAGAUUAAAGUGGCAUUAUCCAAUUCAUUUGGUUUCGCAUGCCAAAACUCUACAACCUUGUUUGCACCUUACAAGUGAUGUUCAUUGAUCCCAGAAUUGCCAUUGCAGCUUUUCUUUGCCCAGGUCUCAAAUUUCUCUCCUGAACAUGUAAAUCCAAUCAUCAAACUCAUUUUGGUUUAGAAUCGUAGACCGGUUUAUGGGUCUGGCGAGCAAACUGUGACGAAAGCUAUGCAGACAGCACAUGAGAAGUUCUGAUGAGCACAUACAGAAGGGGGAGGAAGACUCGGACAGACAAUGAAUCCUCCCAGAUUAAUGCACCUAGUCGAUGCCUGUAAGCCUGUAACUGUAGAAAUAUGAACCAACAAUGCAUCACUAUCACUAGUGCAUAAAACUAAUUAAGCUCAGGACGUUGU